GGGCGCGCGGCUCGGCGCACGAAUGGCUAACUGUCUCUCUCUCUCUCUCCCUCCCUCCCUCCCUGUCUUUCCCUCUCUCUGUCCCGCUGUCCCUGUCCUUCUGGUUCUGUGCACCCACACCCCUCCCCUGCGGGAUCACGCUGCCUGCCGCACCCCCCACUCCCCGUCCCCCACGGCCAACUCCCAGCUGGAAGAUGAGCUGGUGUCGCUACAAAAGAAACUCAAGGGCACCGAAGAUGAACUGGACAAAUACUCCGAGGCUCUCAAAGAUGCCCAGGAAAAGCUGGAACUGGCGGAGAAAAAGGCCACCGACGCCGAAGCCGAUGUAGCUUCUCUGAACAGACGCAUCCAGCUGGUUGAGGAAGAGUUGGAUCGAGCCCAAGAGCGUCUGGCAACAGCUUUGCAGAAACUGGAGGAGGCUGAGAAGGCAGCAGAUGAGAGUGAGAGAGGCAUGAAAGUCAUUGAAAGUCGAGCCCAAAAGGAUGAGGAGAAAAUGGAAAUUCAGGAGAUCCAGCUGAAAGAGGCCAAGCACAUUGCUGAAGAUGCCGACCGCAAGUAUGAAGAGGUGGCCCGUAAGCUGGUCAUCAUUGAGAGUGACCUGGAACGUGCAGAGGAGCGGGCUGAGCUCUCAGAAGGCAAGUGUGCCGAGCUGGAAGAAGAGUUGAAAACUGUGACGAACAACUUGAAGUCACUGGAGGCUCAGGCUGAGAAGUACUCUCAGAAGGAAGACAAAUAUGAGGAGGAGAUCAAGGUCCUUUCUGACAAGCUGAAGGAGGCUGAGACUCGGGCUGAGUUUGCGGAGAGGUCAGUAACUAAAUUGGAGAAAAGCAUUGAUGACUUAGAAGAGAAAGUGGCUCAUGCCAAAGAAGAAAACCUUAGUAUGCAUCAGAUGCUGGAUCAGACUUUACUGGAGUUAAACAACAUGUGAAAACCUCCUUAGCUGCGACCACAUUCGUUCAUGUUGUUUUUGUUGCUUUUUGUCUUAUUUUGUGUUUUUGGUUUUUUUUUAACACCAUGCUUACCAUGAAACCCCUUAAAUGCAUUUUUAUUUACUUUUACCACUGUCACAAAAACACCCACAAGUACAGCUGCAUCAUGGGGUGGGGAAAUACACACACACACACACACACACGAAGGCAGGCCCCGUCAGAGCGAGGGCGAUUUCAAUGUGCCAUUUCCCAGGUUGAGUUGCCGCACUUCCUAGAGAGUUUAGCAACACAGUAUGCUUAGUCAGUCUAGCAAUCCUCACUGGAGCAGAAAGAUUCCCGCUCAGAGUGCCAACGACAUAAUCAAUAGGAAGAUUACUGUUGGAAACAAUCAGGUGUGGAUUGGUGCUACUUGAAACAGAAGGUCCCACUGUGGUCUUUUGUUCAAUGUACAAUUUAGAAUUCUGUCCAACACUAAUUUAUUUUGUCUUGAGUUUUACUAUGAGACGAGACUAUGGAUUCUGUGUGUCCGAAUUCAUUAAAGCCAAGAGUUUGUAAGCCACACUGCUCUUUCAAGACUUCUAUUUCCUUCUUAUCGGCACACUUGGAGCUCAUUUCCAUUCGUAGGGUAGCAGGCAAUGUGGAUUUCCACUCUUUCUGUGUCCUCAUGUUAAAGUGGAAAUUUAGGCACUACAUGCAAUUGAUAAAGAAAAAAACAUUUUCUUAAGAGUGAUAACUACAGUAGCUCCCCUCCCUUUAUCCACGGGGAUUAUGUUCCAAGACCCCUAAUGGAUGGAUGCCUGAGACCGUGGCUAGUACUGAACCCUGUAUGCUACGUGUGGUUUCCUGUACAUACAUUCCUUUCACUUGGGGAGCACUUUACAGCUUCUCUUUGGCAAAUCUGAAUGGCCAGCAUCACCACUCUUGCACUUUGGGGCCAUUAAGUAAAGUAAGGGUCACUUAAACACAAGCACUGUGAUGCUGAGAUGGUCAAUCUGUAACCGAGAUGGCGACCAAGUGCCUCAAGGGCGGGGAUCGUAGAGUGCGGGUGCUGGACCCAGGGAUGAUGCAUGUCCUGGGCGGGACGGAACGGGACCGCGCAAGAUUUCAACACGCUACUCAGAACGACGCUCAAUUUAAAACGUGUGAAUUGUUUAUUUCUGAAAUCUUUCACUUAAUAUUUUCCAACCAUGGUUGACCUCAGUGAACUGAAACCAAGGACCACGAAACCGCGGAUAAGGGGGGACUGCUGUACAUAAAGACAUUGUAUAAUGAUAUGGAAUAAAAUGCACAUUGUAGGACAUUUUCUAAA